AUGGGGAAGAAGGUGAACGAAUCGAAGAUGGCAUUCAAAUGCAUGGAGAACAUCAACGCGUUCCUGGAAGCGGCGCGCCAGCUUGGCGUACCGGCGCAGGAAACAUUCCAGACGGUCGACCUUUGGGAGCGACAGAACCUGAACUCUGUGAUUAUUUGUUUGCAGUCACUCGGGAGAAAGACCGGUAACUACGGAAAGCCGUCAAUAGGACCAAAAGAAGCUGAGAAAAAUGUACGUAAUUUCACCGAGGACCAACUCAGAGCAGGACAAGGUGUCAUUUCACUCCAAUACGGCUCUAACAAAGGCGCCAAUCAAAGCGGGAUCAAUUUCGGCAACACGCGACACAUGUAA